AUGCACUCUCUGCCGGACCAAAUCAUCAUGGAAUGCAAUGAAGGAUCAGCCAACAUGUUCUACUACGUUCUUGGUUACAUGGGGCUGCUGGCUCUUGUCAGCUUCAUUGUGGCUUUCUUUGCUCGGAAGCUGCCGGACGUUUUCAACGAAGCCAAAUUCAUCACUUUCAGCAUCUAUACUGAUUCAAGGAGGACCUACCGCACCACUUUGGACCUGCUCUUUAAAUCACACCAGUUUGUCCCUAACUACAAAUGUGGCACCCAGGAAAAUGUAAUAGGAGUAAUUGGAGGACUUAGUUCUGAUACCUCUUCCUGCAUGGCAGAUAUCUUGGGUCUUUUCAAGAUUCCACAGAUUUCAUAUGGCUCAUUUGAGCCAGCAGUGAAGAAUCAAGGCAAGUUCCCUUCCUUUUGCCGCAUGGUACCCAGUGAAGCCCUGCAAUACCGAGGAAUUAUUCAGUUACUUCUGCACUUCAAGUGGAAAUGGGUUGGGCUCUAUGCUAUAGAUAAUGAAGGUGGAGACCGAUUCCUACAGGCCAUGGAGGAAAUGCUUUUGCAGAAUGGAAUGUGUUCAGCAUUCACAGAAAGAGCUCAAACGCACCUGCUCUUCUCUGACAGCAUACAGGAGAUGCUCCACCACAAACAAAAUACUUUGCCAGUAUUCAUGAGGAGCAACGCCAAUGUAGUUGUUAUAUAUGGAGAAAGUGGCUCUAUUACAUGGUUGGGAGCAGUUAUAGGGGUAAUCAAGAUAAGUCAAAUACUAAUUCCGCGAAAUAAGAGACUCUCUACAGCAAAAGUGUGGAUUACAACAGCCCAAAUAGAUUUCACAUUAUACCCCAUUCAGGCAAUUACUGAUUUAGACAGACACAUGUUCCAUGGUGCUAUCUCCUUCACAAUUCAUUCAAAGGAAAUAGAAGACUUCCAAAAGUUUCUUCAGCUUGUAAAUCCUUCCUGGGCAAAUGAAGACGGAUUUAUCAACGUUUUCUGGGAGCAAGCAUUCAGUUGUUCAUUAUCCAACUCAUUCAUCUACGGCAGAUGUACUGGAGAGGAGAUGUUAGAGAGCCUUCCUGCCCCUUAUUUUGAAAUGAGCAUGACUGGCCACAGCUACAGCAUUUAUAACGCCGCCUAUGCUUUGGCCCAUGCCUUACAUAACUUGCAGUCAGCUGGGCUGAAACGCAGUGCAAGGGAGUUCAGCAAGAGAAUGGUUCCUCAGAAUGUGGAGCCCUGGCAGCUCCACUCAAUCCUUCACAAGAUUUCAUUCAACAACACUGCUGGAGAUGCAAUUGCACUGGAUGAGCAUGGAGAAUUAGCAGCCGGAUUUGACAUUACAAACUUGGUCACGUUCCCAAAUAAAUCGUAUGUCCGAGUCCAAGUAGGGAGGCUGGAUCCUCCUGGCAAAGCGCUCACCAUUUAUGAGGACAGAAUUGAAUGGCACCGAGGCUUGACUCAGGUGCCACCGCUUUCAGUAUGUAAUGACAUCUGCCGCCCUGGUUAUGGGAAGAAAAAGAAGGAGGGGAAGACCUUUUGCUGCUAUGCUUGUGCUCCUUGUCCUGCUGGGAUGAUCUCAAAUGUGAAGGCUGUGGUGCUCGGCAUCUUCAUUAAUCACCGGGACACUGCCAUAGUCAAAGCCAACAACAGAAGUCUCACCUACAUUCUCCUCAUCUCCCUCCUCUUCUGCUUCCUCUGCUCCUUGAUGUUCAUUGGGAAACCUAAUGAGGUGACUUGUCUUCUCCGACAAACUGCUUUUGGGAUCAUCUUCUGCGUGUCCAUCUCUAGUAUCCUGGCCAAAACUGCAUCUGUGCUUUUAGCCUUCAUGGCCACCAAACCAGGAUCUAGGAUGAGGAAAUGGGUGGGGAAACGGUCGGCUUAUUCCAUCAUUCUGUCCUGCUCCCACAUCCAAGUGGGGAUCUGCGCUCUCUGGCUGGCAAUGUUUCCCCCCUUUCCAGAUAGAGAUACACAUGCAAUGAUGGAUCAAAUUGUGCUCUUAUGUAACGAAGGGUCGGUCACUAUGUUCUACUGCGUCUUGGGGUUUAUGGGCUUCCUGGCCAUUGUUUGUUUCACUGUAGCUUUCGUAGCCAGGAAGUUACCUGACAGCUUUAAUGAAGCCAAGUUCAUCACCUUCAGCAUGUUGGUCUUCUGCAGCGUUUGGCUGACCUUCAUUCCAACUUACCUGAGCACAAGAGGAAAAGACAUGGUGGCUGUGGAGAUCUUCUCCAUACUGGCUUCCAGUGCUGGGCUACUGGGCUGCAUCUUUGCCCCUAAAUGCUACAUCAUUGUGCUGAGACCUGAGCUGAACAAGAAAGAACAUCUAAUAGUUAAAAAGAAAUAA